AUGGCCCCUCAAUCAGAAGAUCAUAGUAUGAAUAUGAGCCGACCCGAAGAUGUUAAUGAAGAUAUGGAACAAAAGAUUGUCAACGAGGAGUACAAAACAUGGAAGAAGAACAGCCCUUUCCUUUACGAUAUGAUUCUAAGCACUGCACUCGAAUGGCCCACCUUAACUACUCAAUGGUUUCCUGAUGUGAAAGAACCAGCAGGAAAAAACUAUUCCGUUCAUCGACUUCUUAUUGGCACCCAUACAUCGAACGGCGCACAGAAUUAUCUACAAAUUGCAAAUGUCGAGCUGCCCAAAAAUGUCACUCCAAAUCACGUUGAUUACGACGAGGAUCGCGAAGAGAUUGGAGGUUAUGGAAAAUCAUCAUUAGGGGAACAGGCGGCGAUAAAGAUGAGCAUCGAACAGAAGAUUGAUCAUCCGGGAGAGGUCAAUAAAGCCAGAUACCAACCACAAAAUCCCAACAUCAUAGCUACUAUGUGCGUUGAUGGAAGAGUUCUGAUCUUCGACCGUACGAAGCACAGCAGUCUUCCUAAAGGUGUUGUUAGCCCACAAAUUGAGCUCGUAGGACACAAGAAGGAAGGUUUUGGUCUAGGCUGGAAUCCACACGUUGCUGGCGAGCUUGCGACUGGUAGCGAAGAUAAAACCGUCCGGUUAUGGGAUCUUAAUACUUUACAAGCAAAUGGUCACCAAUUGAAAUCGAGCAAAGUUUACACCCAUCAUACUUCCAUCGUUAACGAUGUUCAAUAUCACCCUCUCCACAAAUCCCUGAUCGGAACAGUCUCAGAUGAUUUGACCCUCCAAAUCCUCGAUAUUAGACAAAAAGAUACAGAUAAAUCAGUUAGCAAAGGAAAAGGACACACUGAUGCCAUUAACGCCCUCGCAUUCAAUCCCGCAUCAGAGUUUGUCUUGGCAACCGCAUCAGCAGACAAGACCAUCGGUCUUUGGGACUUGAGAAAUCUUAAAGAAAAACUUCACACCCUUGAAGGUCACAUGGACGCUGUUACUUCGCUCGCUUGGCAUCCAACUGAAGAAGCUGUAUUGGGAAGUGGCAGUUAUGAUCGUAGGGUCAUUUUCUGGGAUCUUAGCAGAGUUGGUAUGGAGCAAAUGCCAGAUGACCAAGAGGACGGCCCUCCUGAAUUAUUAUUCAUGCACGGAGGUCACACCAAUCAUCUUGCGGACUUUAGCUGGAAUCAAAAUGAACCAUGGGUAGUAUGCAGCGCAGCGGAAGACAAUCUGAUUCAAAUCUGGAAGGUCUCGGAAGGAAUCGUAGGAAAGGACAUCGAGGAGAUUCCCAUGGACGAACUGGAACAUUAA